CUUGUCCACAUUUCCUCAACACAAUUUACAGCACUUACAGGGGUACUUAUGAGAACAAUCUGUUAGUGACACUUCAGAAACAACUCCAGGUGGCAUUCCUGCUGCAUUUAAUGUCCACUCAAUAGGUAUUGACAAGUAUAAAAAUGCUCUACUCCAGUUUUUGACUUAGAUGCCAAGAUUCCCCACUUCCCAAGCUGGGUUAUUUGAGAAAAAAAGAAAAAAGAAAUCUUUACCAACAGCAUAAUACAUAUUCUUGGAAACAGAUGCAUAAGAAAUGGCUGAAGUUAAAUGAAUUUCCAAAGAAGAACUUAGGGCCUCUAGUAAGAUUCUGUCUGAAAAUAAGGCGUGGCUAUAAUGUCUGUCUAUACAACACAUAGCAGAGACCAUGACAAUAUCCUUGGCAUUCCUCCUGCCCCAGAGAGUUCCUCACUGAAAGUCCUUACCCACGGUAGCAGACAUAAGCUGCAUCUGAAGUCGGAUCUGUCAGAAUGUGAACAGGAUGAUCCAUUAUUGAGAUCUGCAAGUAAAAUUCGAGACAUGAAUAGCACUUAUGUUAUUUCUGCCAGAAACAAAACAGGAGAUGUACCCCUCACCCCGAACCCUGUGGGUAAGCUGUCACUUCAGAGACGAGUUACAAGGAACGAAGAAUCAUCUGUGCUUCAUAGAGAGCUACGAGACUCAACUGAAAAAGGAGCAGAAACUCCUCUGGCAUUACAUCGUGUUAGAACAGACUUGGUGGAAAAGUGGAAAAGAGAGCGGAACACGGGAGGCGAAAAUAAUUGUGCUUCACAGGAAACUGGUACAAAUGUAAAGACUGUGAAGAACGAUAAAAGCUCUUUUGUUACAUCUUUUGCGCCUUCCUCUGGAGACUCGAAAGACGUACGCACGAUGUCCACCGAAAGUCACAAAGAGACGUGUUCUACCUUCUGCAGGGCAAAUGAAAGCGUUGUGCUUAUGUGCCUAGGUGGUAGAGAGCCCGCUGCUUCUCAGAGUCAGAAUGAAGUGGCUCAGUCAGGACGCUUGACAGCAAAACCUGAUGCCAAAGUGUCAGGAAUAGGAUCCUUAGGUCAUAAAAGUACUGGGAAGGACAGUGCCAAAAACGCAAAUAAAUUUGGAAGCUUAGAAAAAAGGACACCAACGAAAUGUUUCCCAGAACACAGACUGACACAAAGGCAUGGCUUGUCUCAGCCAAAGAGCCCAGCUGCCUCACUACUGAGAAAUAGAAUGCCUGGCCUCCAUGAAAAACAAAAGCCAAGGAGUUUUCUUGUAAAUAAAAGGGAAAGGUCACAGGAAAAUACACUUCCUCCUGAAGAAGAGACCGCUGUUCAUAACACCUCUGCAGAAGCAGACCCCUUAAAAGUAGAGAACAGCCAAGUGACGGUGGCCAUACGUGUAAGACCUUUCAGCAAGAGAGAGAAGAUUGAAAAUGCAUCCCAGGUGGUCUUCAUGCAGGGUGGAGAAGUAGCUGUGGAACAUCCAGACAUGAAACAAGUUUAUAGUUUUGUUUAUGAUUUGUCAUUUUGGUCUUUUGAUGAGUGCCACCCCCACUAUGCUAGCCAGACAACUGUUUAUAAGACGUUAGCUGCACCGCUCCUAGAAAGAGCCUUUGAAGGCUACAAUACCUGUCUCUUUGCUUAUGGUCAGACGGGCUCUGGGAAGUCAUACACGAUGAUGGGACUUAGUGAAGAGCCAGGAAUAAUUCCAAGAUUCUGUGAAGAUCUUUUUGCUCAAGUAGCAAAAAAACAAACCCAGGAGGUCAGCUAUCAACUUGAAAUGAGCUUCUUCGAAGUAUAUAAUGAAAAAAUUCAUGACCUUCUGGUUUGCAAAGGUGAAAAUGGGCAGAAAAAACAAGCGUUGAGAGUAAGGGAGCAUCCUGUCUCUGGACCCUACGUCGAAUCUCUGUCAAUGAACGUUGUCAGUUCUUACGCUGAUAUUCAGAGUUGGCUAGAGCUAGGAAAUAAACAAAGAGCAACUGCUGCUACUGGCAUGAAUGACAAAAGCUCCCGGUCUCACUCAGUUUUCACCCUGGUGAUGACUCAGACCAAGACAGAACUUGUGGAAGGGGAGGAACAUGACCACAGGAUAAUGAGCCGCAUAAACCUAAUUGAUCUGGCAGGCAGUGAGCGCUCCUCCACGGCUCAGACUAGUGGAGAUCGGCUGAAGGAAGGUGUGAGUAUUAACAAGUCGUUGUUAACAUUGGGGAAGGUCAUAUCUGCGCUCUCUGACCAAGCAAAUGGAAAAAGAGUUUUUAUUCCUUAUCGAGAGUCUGUUCUUACAUGGUUGUUAAAAGAAAGUCUGGGUGGAAAUUCCAAGACUGCAAUGAUUGCUACGAUCAGCGCUGCUGCCAGUAGUAUUGAGGAGACUCUAAGCACUCUUCGAUAUGCCAGUCAAGCCCGCAUGAUAGUCAAUGUUGCCAAAGUGAAUGAAGACAUGAAUGCUAAGUUAAUUAGAGAGCUGAAAGCAGAAAUUGAAAAAUUGAAAGCUGCUCAAAGAAACAGUCGAAAUAUUGACCCCGAGCGAUACAGACUCUGUUGCCAAGAAAUAACAACCUUAAGAAUGAAACUACAUCAACAGGAGAGAGACAUGGCAGAAAUGCAAAGAAUGUGGAGAGAAAAAUUUGAACAAGCUGGAAAAAGAAAGCUUCAAGAAACAAAAGAGUUACAGAAAGCAGGAAUCACAUUCCAGAUGGACAACCAUUUGCCAAACCUUGUCAAUCUCAAUGAAGAUCCGCAGCUGUCAGAGAUGCUAUUAUAUAUGAUCAAGGAAGGAACAACCACAGUUGGAAAGUACAAACCCAACUCGACUCGUGACAUUCAGUUAUCUGGGGUGCUGAUUGCUGAUGAUCACUGUACAAUCCAAAAUUUUAAUGGAGCAGUCAGUAUUAUCCCAGUUGGGGAAGCAAAGACAUAUGUCAAUGGAAAGCAUAUUUUGGAACCUACAGUAUUACAUCAUGGUGACCGUGUAAUUCUUGGUGGAGAUCAUUAUUUUCGAUUUAACCAUCCAGUAGAAGUUCAAAAAGGGAAAAGACCAUUCAGUAGAGAUGCUUUUACGUUCGAGGGUCCAAAAGACUUUGAAUUUGCAAGAAAUGAGUUGCUCGUAGCACAGAGAUCACAACUUGAAGCAGAAAUUAAAGAGGCCCAGUUGAAAGCAAAGGAAGAAAUGACCCAAGGAAUCCAGAUUGCAAAAGAAAUGGCUCAACAAGAGCUUUGUUCUCAAAAAGCUGCGUAUGAAAGCAAAAUAAAGGCCUUGGAAGCAGAAUUGAAAGAAGAGUCUCAAAAGAAGAAAAUGCAGGAAAUAAAUAACCAAAAGGCUAAUCACAAAAUUGAGGCACUAGAAAUGGCAAAUCAACGUCUUGAACAAGAAAUACAUGUUAACAAAAAGCGACUAGAAAUGGAAACCUUGGCUACAAAACAGGCUCUAGAAGACCACAGUAUCCGCCAUGCAAGAAUUCUGGAAGCUCUAGAAGCUGAGAAACAAAAAAUUGCUAAUGAAGUACAAAUGCUACAGCAAAAUCAGAGCUGUAGGGAUAAAACUUUCACAAUUCAGGCAAACUGGAGCUCCAUGAAACUCUCAAUGAUGAUUCAGGAAGCCAAUGCCAUCAGCAACAAGUUUAACAAAUGUUAUGUUUUUGGCAGACAUGACGGAUCAGGUAGAGGAAAUAGUUCUGAUACUUCUGUUCGGGUUCGUAACCUGCAACUGGGGAUCUCAACUUUCUGGAGUCUGGAAAAGUUUGAAUCUAAACUUGCAGCAAUGAAAGAGCUUUAUGAGAGUAAUAAUGGAAACAAGAGUGAAGAUGUUUUCUGUGAUCCUGAGGAUGAAUGGGAGCCUGACAUUACAAAUGCUUCACUUUCUUCCUUUUCCAGAAGGAGGAGCAGGAGUUUGAUGAAGAAUAGAAGAAUAUCCGGUUGUUUAAAUGAUGUACAAGCACACUCGGUUCAGAAUCUGCAAUCUCUACAUUCGUCAGGUCUAAUGGAGAAAUCAAGCACAUUGCACUCAAAUUCAGCAGAAUCAUUUCUUCCUGGGAUUUGCAAAGAAUUGAUUUGUUCAUUGUUAGACUCUCUUGGACAGAAUUAUGAUGAAGAAAAAACUAUGGCAGACAGCUUGAUUAGCAGUUUCCUAACAAUUUAUAAUGGGCUAUUUGCCAUUUCCAAAGCUUAUGAAGACCAAGAUGAAGAAAGUCAAGAUACUUUGUUCUCUUCUGACCGAGCAGCCCAGUCACUUACUAUCCAGGUCACAUGUGCUUUUGGGCACCUUGUGGUGCUUCUUAAGCACUGGCCGACUGAGAAUCUGCCUGGUGCCGGCAUCGCAAGGCUUGAAGAAGAAUUGAGACAAGAAGUUAAAAAAUUAGGAGGCUACUUACAACUAUUUUUGCAGGGGUGCUGUUCAGAGAUUUCAUCCAUGGUAAAAGAGGCUCAGAUGAAAGUAAUUGAGAUUGUACAGCAAGCUGCCAAGUGUGUGGGGCAGUUAGCAGUCCUUACAGGGAGCCGGCUUCAUUUCCUGGAAAGCAGUGCCAAGGCUGUCCAGGUCCAGGAGGAAGAGUUGAUGAGUGCUGUUUAUGAGGGCACAAACCUAGGAAUGAAGAGUCUCUUAAGUUCUGGACUAGAAAAAGCAAAAGACCUUCAGCAGGACCUGUUAAGACAGUGUACCCAAAAUGAGGUAACCAAACCCAUGAGAACUCAUGCCAUGCGGUUGAUGGAAUCUCUUGAAAGCAUGUUUGCUGAAUGGAAAACAAUAAAUUUCAGAACUCAAGUAAAAGAAGAAAGUCCUGGAUACCAAUAUUUAAGGAAGAUGACUAAUCUUGCUUCCAAAUUCUUGAAGUUAAAACACUGCUUAGAACAAACAAUUCAAAUGGUUACUACUGUACUGAGAGGCAGCCACUGCGAUGUGAGCCUUGUCAGGAAUCGUGUUGAAAGUAUUUGCAGCUUGGCCAGGGAUUUUCACGAUGCCUGCGGUGUCCACCCUACUGCUAUUGACAGCUGUGAGAAGAGGAUCUCUCAGGCUGAUCCUGGGGAACUAGAAUCAGUAGCCAAACUGCUACUCUUGUGCUUUGAAUCUGAAGAAAGACCUGGUCUGUUGGAAUCCUGGGAGACUUGUAAUCCAAAUGCCAGAGAAGGACAGCAGCACCGUAACCCAAGCAGGCCCGAGGCCAGCAGGAGCAGAGGUGUUCCAAAGCGUGUCUACCGGCUCCUUGACUCCUCCCCUGCUGUGACCUCAGAGGCCUGCACACCACACAGGACUCAGUGGGUGUGAGUGGCCGUGUGUGGACACCUCAUGCCCAGCCAGGAAAGAGAGAGCAGGGGGUAGACGAUCUCCUUACUAGGAGAAUGUAAAAAAGCAAGAAGUGUGUGUAGAUAUUUCAUGUCUGUUGGUGUGCCAUCCUUGGGUACUGGCAGUAGGGGCAGCUUGGAGUCCUAAUCCAGAGUGCCCACGUGUGCACCUGUCAGCAGACAGUUGGAAAUGGGUGUUUCCUGUGUUGGAAUAUUAUGGCAACAGAAUGAAAGUAGGAGCUCAAGCCAAGUGAUUGGUCCUCUCUCUUGUCUGCCUUCCAUUCUAAAUAUUUCUCUCUCACAUUGAAAUACUGUCUGGUUGGCUCAAUAACCUGUUUGUAAAUAGUUAUUUUUCUCAGGUGUAGAGGCUUGAACAAUUGGCCACCUGUGUGCCUUCUCCCUUCUGCGGAUAUCUAGGCUGAGGUUUGUGGGGAACAUUGCUAACACCGGUUUAACCAAAGCAGCUUAACUUGCACUGUUAAAUCUAAAACAUUGUUGCUGAACAACAGGUCAACUGGCUGCCACUUUGAACAGUGUGUUCAAGGGUAGUUUCCUGUUCCUCUCCAAACAGUAAGUGGUUACCUAGAGUAGUCAACUGCUAUAUUAGCAUUAUGGGUUAUUUGCAUAGUCUGUAUGGGGGCUGCGGGAACAUAAUUUAAAACCAAGUGAACAGUGGCAGAGCCACACUUGACUCUUGGGUGAGUUCAGUAGGUUAGAGGCUAUAGCUUUCCUUGAUAAUGCUUGUCUUUAUUAUGGGUGGGGUGAGAGUUGGUGCAUAAGCUUAUAAAGAUCAAAAAUGCUCCCCCGGCUCCCCACCUGCGGGGGAGUCACUUCACAAGCAGUGAAGCAGGUCUGCAGGUGUCUGUCUUUCUCUCCCCCUCUGUGUCUUCCCCUCCUCUCUCCAUUUCUCUCUGUCCUAUCCAACAAUGAAAAAAGAAAAAGAUUAAAGAUCCUUAUUAUAUUUCAAUUUUAGAAGCCUUUAUCUAGUCCAAAAUCAAGAACAAAAGAGAAUACUCUACUGUAGGGAUCUUACGUGAAGGAAGUUGUUUGGACAUUUUCCCCACAAGCAGAAAUGGAAUUUGAAUAGACAAGUAGCAAUUCUACUUGGGUGUUACUGAGCAGUUCUCAGGGUAAUUCUUCCAGCGAACCCGACCCCUUGUCCUCUUCAUGUGUGGCUACCAUUUGGCAGGUUUAGUAGAAGUCGGCUGUCAGUACCUUGAGUGUGUUGGACUAUUUCAUUGUGAGCGAGCAGUUGUAAGUAAAUGCAAGUCACUGUAGUCAGAACAAUGUUCGGGAGCCCUGUGCUAUGUUUUGCUGGUAUUUAAAAUAGUGCACUGUAGCAAAUUCGCUCUCACGGGUUUUUUUCCCUCCCAUCUUUGGCAUUUCAGCUUGUGUCUUGUAUGUAUCUUUUAUAGUCACUGUUCUGCCAAGUGGCACGUUUACUAUUUUAUAAAGUGUAGGCGUUCAUCAGGGCUUUCCCUCGAGAUUGUACUUUUCUGCAGCACUUUCUAAAGUACUAGUGUGCUCAGUGCUCAUUAUUUGAUCUUCACUGUCUGCUUUCUUGUGACUUCAUUGGUCAGAAACGUUUGACUGUCUUUGUAAGAUUUCAUAUGUAUAUAUAUUUAUAUUAAGUAAAUUGUUACACAAUAUUUGAAUGAAUUGUAAAACAUUUGCUAUUGGAAUCAUGUGUACUAUCAAGAAUUUUACAAAGAACAUGCUUUUAAUAAAUAUUGUCAGUUUGAAUUUCCCUU